AUGGCGAUUCAAGCUCAACAUCCUAGUUUCUUCUUCCUCAACAGUAACGGACAAGAAACGAUUAAUGAUUGGUCGUUGCAACCUCAAGACACUCAUUUCACUUUCAUCAAAGCUGAGGUUGUUGGUUCGAGAAAGCGAUCAAGAGAAGUUUCGUCGGUGGAUUUUAUUGAAUUCUCGGCGGCUCCGAUGAACCCUCCACCGCAAAAACCGCCGCAAGUUAUCUCUACUGUGGUUUCUACUCAUGAACAGUCACAGAAUCGAGAGAAGCUGCUUUCGACUUUUUAUAUGCUUCCCGGAGAUCUCGCCGGAGAAAUCAAACGGCAAAGAGAUGACUUAGACAGACUCCUACAAACCCAGGGUGAGGAACUCCGGCGCAUGUUAGCGGGGAAUAGAGAGAGUCGCUAUGUCGAGCUAUUGUGCGCCACGGAGGACUUGGUUGGACGGAGGAUGAGAGAAAAGGAAGCAGAGUUGGAGAAAGCCAUGCGCCGUCACGCUGAGCUAGAGGCACGUGCCGCUCAGCUCGCUAGUGAGGCGCAAACUUGGCAGGUGAGAGCAACAACGUUGGAAGCCGAAGUGUCGUCGUUACAGACUCAUAUCCAUCAAGCCGUAACAAGCCGAGCUACCUUGGCGAAACGUCAUAUGAUCGGAUGCAGCAACAUCAACGGUAAUGAAGACGAAGCUGAGGACACAGAAUCCAUCUAUGUGGAUCCAAAACGAAUCGAGUUGAUCGGACCUAGUUGUAGGAUUUGCUGUCGGAAAUCGGCGACUGUGAUGGCAUUGCCGUGUCGACAUUUGGUUGUAUGUAAAGGAUGCAACAACACAAUGCGUGUUUGUCCGAUUUGCCUCAAUGAAAAAAAUUCUAGUGUUGAAAUUUUCUUUUCUUGA